AUGUUGAAAACCAUUCUAACUGCAGUCACAUGCUGCAACAUUUCUGGGAAAAUGUUGGGAAUCAAAACAUGCUUAAAUAUCAUGUUUGUUUCAAAGGAUGAAAACAACUCAAAAUCGGUUCUCAAACAAAUUCUCAAUAUCACGAUUAAGAGAUUAGCUGAUGAAACUUUGCCACAUUCUGACUCAGAGUCGACGGUUUCAGAAUGCACUUCAUCAAGUCGUUGUGUCGAAGAAUUUGUUGACACUAUUAUUGAAGAAGUCGCGAAUGAAAUAAUUGAAAAGCAAAAUUUGAGCCCAGAGGGAAUCCUCACCACUUUAGAGUCAGCAUCCUGUACGAAUAUUACAAAUGCCUCCAACGCCAUAACGCAAAAUACAACUACAGCUUUGGACCAAAACGAUUCAACCAAGUUGGAUGAUUGGGAUAUUCCAAUGGAAACUUCUCAAAUCCAAAACGAUAUCUUGUUUAUCUUACAUUCUCUCUGUAAGAUGUCCAUGAAAACGAUAUCUAAUAAUGCCAAACUUGAAGAAAAAACGAGAUCGAUUUAUCUGGAAUUAUUAUUUGAUAUUUUUGAAAACAGUGGCCAGUUGUUGGCUCACAACAUUUCUCUCUUCCAAUAUGUGAGACAAAACUUGUAUACCGCAUUGUUCACAAAUUCAUUGACAUCAAGCUCUACAAUCUUUUCUCUCGUAUUGAAGCUUUUUUACCAAAUAUUUAAGCUAUUUCAAACCUCUCUCAAAUACGAGACACAAUUAUUUUUCGCUAAUUUAAUUCGAAUUUUGAAUAGCAACUGCACCUCUCAGUCCCAGAAAAUCUCCACCAUCAAAUUUCUGAGUUAUUUAUUCGCAACUCACAACUCUGACCUUGUACAUACCCUGUUUUUAAUUUUUGAUUGUGAGGUUGGAAUGUUGAAUAUUGUCGAGAGACUCAUUACUUCACUUGCCACGAUCGUUCAAACACCAAAGAUAUCAACAGAUAAUACCUCUGCGUUUGCACUAACACAAACCAUCUACAUGAAAUCUAUUGCUUUUAAGGCAUUGAAUCAAAUACUCACUUGUUUGCAUACAAACAUGAAAAAUAUGCAACAGCAAGAGUUCGUCAACCACCCUGCAUGUGAGAAACUAGAAAAACAAAAACGUGACAAGAACACAACUUAUGAAGGGAUUUCUCUAUUCAACGAGAACCCAAAGAAGGGAAUUGAGUAUUUUGUACGAAUUGGUUAUUUGCCCAAUCCAUCCUUAGAUAAGGAAGCUUUCGAGACUGCGUUCGUUCACCUGUUACAGACAACUCAAGGUUUUUCAAAGCAUGCCAUUGGCGAGUAUUUUGCCUCUCCUGAUCAUGAAGGCGUCUUGACCAAGUUCAUCCAGUUGCAAUCUUUUUCUGGAAUGCUGUUUGAGAAAGCGCUCAGAAAGUGCCUUGAUUUAUUCAUGUUACCAAAGGAGAGUCAAGAAAUACACAGAGUCCUAUCUUCAUUUGCUGACAAAUUUGUUCAAGAUAAUCCUCAAUCCAUGGAUGAAAUGUUUAAAAAUCCAGAUGCUUGCUAUGUGUUCACAAUCUCCGUAGUAAUUCUUAAUUCAGAGCUGCAUAAUGUUGCUGUAAAGAAUAUACACAAUACCACUCUCGAAGCGUUUAUCCAAAGAAAUUUCUACACUGAUGCUGCAACCAUUGAUCAUCAAAUACAGGAAAGAGUUUUCAAUGACUUGAAAGAAAAUGAAUUUACCCUUACCGAAGAUGACAUGUCAGUUUUUGAAUCACUUCAACCCAAUGAUGACGUUGUGGUAGAAAAUGCCGAAAUUGAGAGGGUUAUGAGAGGAGUUCUAAAGUCAAAAUGUUGUUCUAUAGAAGAAGAUUCCUUAUUUCAAGUCUCAAGCUCGACACUCGAUCACUUUUCCAUCUCAAAGGUUCUUUUCAAUUGCAUUUGGCCAUAUUUCAAUCAGUCAUUCAUUUCUCUAUUUGAAAAUGAUCAGUUGGGAGCGAAGGUGCAUCAUUUAGUGCUGAGUGCUUUGAAAACUGCUCUUCAACUGUGUGUUGAACUUGGAAUGACAGUACCUCGAAACGAAUUUUUCAAAACAUUAUGCACAUUUACAUCCUUGAUGAACAAUAAUGAAAAAUUCAGCCUGAAAGAGAAACACCUUGUUGCUCUCAAGACUCUUUUAAGCAUCUUAGAGACGAAUGCAAGCGAUAUUUUAGAGAGCUGGAGCUGUAUGAUGGAAGUGUUUUAUCAAGUGGACCGAAUACUUUCUUCUAUUAACAAUAACAACGCGUUUAUCCAAGUCUCUGAAAUUGAUAACAUGACCACCUCUUUCCAUCAACAUGUUGAUCAAGUCACCAUCGACAGAAUAUUUAGUAAUAACAAUGAAAAGAUGGAUGAAUUGUCAAUUGAAUACUAUGUGAAAGCUCUUUGUUCUAUUCAAUGCAAGGGGCACACAAACGAGACACAAUGUCAUAUAUUUUGCAUUAACAAAGUUAUUGAAGCUUGUUAUCUUAACUUGGCCAGAAUGGAUAAGUUGUGGAGUAGAACUUGGAAUGUUAUCAGCAACUUUUUUAUUAGUGUCGCUACCUGCAAAGACUCAACAGUUGCCAUGUAUGCCGUCGACACUUUGCGUCAACUGAUUCACAAACUCAUUGAAAUUGAUUCUCUUUCUUACAUUCAACAAGAAAUGCUUAGACCAUUUAUCGUUAUAGUACAACAAGGCAUUUCCUCAGAAAUUCAACUCAUGGUCAUUGAAUGUAUUACCAAUUUAGCAUUGACAAAACCAAACUUUAUUACAACAGGAUGGAAAGCAUGGGUUCAAGUAUUAUCAGUUGCUUCAUCAAGCAAACAAACAACAAUUGUACGAAUUGCCUUUGAGAAGUUACUCACCAUUUUAGACCAGGAAGAGAGAAGGUGUAAAUACCUUUCUUAUGUUCUUCACAAUUCAUGUUUUGUAGAUUUAAUAUAUUGCUUGAAGGCCUUCGUUCAAAUGAACAUUCCUUCCAUGAAGGAAGUUAGUUUAAACGCCAUCUCUCUCAUUCAAGACUGUGCCAACACGCUUGUGGGAAUUGAAGAAUCAGGAAACAUUAUGACAGGGGCUCCUUUAUCGACUUGGAUCCCGAUUUUGACAUGCCUGUCAUCCCUUGUAAGUGAUGAUGCCAGAGAAGAUAUUCGUGCGGGUGCUUUGCAGACCUUACAAGCCCUGUUAAAUGACAAGUCCAUUGUCAGCAUGUUUUCUGCAGAGACUUGGAGGCUAAUAUUGCAUGGAGCAUUGUUACCAAUUUUUGAUCAUCUUUCAUGUGGUGAUAAUGGUAUUCUUGACGAAGCUUGGAUUGAUUGUACCAGUAGAAGCGUCUUCAAAGUACUUGUUUCUGUUCUUGAUCAUAAUAUUUCCUCCGAUGUUUCUUUUGAUCUAUUUGCAUCCAUAAUGAACGUAAUCAUGAAAUGUUACACAUUGAUCGACACUGUGGACCAAUAUGCAGACAUGACCAAGGUCUUUGAGGUAGGAACUGAUAUCAUUCAAAUAUUAAUAUCCACUUGCGGAGGAAAAUUUGAGGACUCUCAUUGGCGAAAGAUCCAAAAAUCUUUGGAAGAGAUAGUUUCAAGACAAAACAGUCACAACAUGAAUUUAUAUAUGCUUAUUCACAUUACCGAAGGAAUUAAUCGAAUAUUAACAUUUUUAAUGGAACACCAAUUAUUUGAAUAUUUCACAUGGUUUGUGAUGAUUUUAGAGCAAAUGGAUAAUCGUAUUGGAAACAGUUUAAUCUCAACAAAACCCAACUCUCAAUUAUGCUCUACGUCAAAACUAAUGAUCGAUGCUGAAACAAAAAUAUUAUCCACUUCAUUAAGAAUAUUCUCUGAAUUGUUUUCAAUGCAAAAAGAAAAUGUUGAGAUGGAAAUGGUUCAAUUUGGAAUUACUGGAUUUAUUAACACUGCUAAACGAGUAUUCACAUUUUAUGUGGAAAAUCAAGAAUUUGCGCAAACAAAUCUUGAUCAGGAGAGAUUUGUUGAUUAA